AAACAUCAAAAGAAAAGGUCCCAAACCCUAGCCGAUCUUGUUCUUAGGGUACUCGGCGUUUUUCUCCGUCUUUGGACGACUUCGUUUUGCUACAUUCGAGAGGAAAUCAACCCUAAAACAAUCCCCCCUCCCUCCCUCUCCCUCUCUCGAAUCGACAUGGAUAGGGUGGCGAGGCUGGCAUCGCAGAAGGCGGUAGUGAUAUUCAGCAGGAGCACAUGCUGCAUGUGCCAUGCGAUCAAGAGGCUGUUCUACGACCAGGGAGUGAGCCCCGCAGUCCAUGAGCUCGACGAGGACCCACGGGGCAAGGAGAUGGAGUGGGCGCUAAUCCGGCUCGGGUGCAACCCCGCAGUCCCCGCGGUCUUCAUCGGAGGGAAGUUCGUCGGAUCCGCCAAUGCCGUCAUGACGCUUCAGCUCAGCGGCUCCCUGAAGAAGAUGCUCAAGGACGCCGGAGCUUUGUGGCUCUAGCGAGAUAAGCCGGAAACCUGCUGCCACCCAGAAAAAAUAAAGUUUCCUUAUAGCAUGGGAAACGAGCUUAACAGUCCUAGCUUAACUCUCAUAUGCAUAAUUUAUCAAGAUAUGCAAGGCCCUUGCAUGUGCGGCUUUUAGUGGACACUGUAAGGAGAAGAUUAGAACAAAUCAAUGAAGAGAAAGU